AUGUUUCUGCCAGUCAUUAGAAAAAUUAAACUCAGUCGAGAACAUUUUCGCGCCAUAAUUUAUUACAACUUUCAGAGACAAUUAUCGCAACAAGAAUGCCUUGCUGAGUUACUCGCCACAUCAGUCGACAAUUUCCCGUUGGGAGAAUUCAAACGUGGACGGGUGACUCUUAGCGACGAUCCCAGGGUGGGAUCACCAAAAACGGCAGUCACCCAGGAAAACGUCGAUGCUGUGCGCAAACUCAUCAUUGAAGAUAGACAUGUGACAUAUCGCGAGAUUGAGGCGUCCUUGAAGAUCUCAAAGACCUCAAUUCAAAAAAUUUUACAUGAAGAAUUCAUUGUUAGUGGUGAUGAAUCGUGGAUUUACUGUUAUGAACCAGAAAAUAAACGACAGUCGGCUGUUUGGGUGUUCCAAGGUGAAGAAAAGCCAACAAAAGUCAUCCGUUCUCGAUCGGGUCAUAUUGCAACAAUUCCUCUUAAUGAGCAAAGAACUGUUACUGCGGAUUGGUAUACCACCAUUUACUUGCCAAAAGUCAUCACCGAGCUUCGGAAAAUCAACCCCGAAAGAAGAAUCAUCCUCCAUCAAGACAAUGCAAGCACGCACACAGCCCAAAAACAAAGGCAGUACUUAACGGAAGAAAACGUGGAAUUAUUGGACCGUCCUCCAUAUGGUCCCGAUCUAAGUCCUAACGAUUUCUUUACUUUCCCGAAAAUUAAGAACAGACUGCGUGGUCAAAGGUUCGAGUCACCAGAAGAAGCAGUUGACGCAUUCAAAAAUGCCGUUUUGGAUCUGCCAGCAAACGAGUGGAAUAAGUGCUUCAAAAAUUGGUUCGAGCGCAUGCAGAUGUGUAUUAAUCUUCGUGGAGAAUACUUCGAAAAACAAUAA